AUGGGUUCUAUUCAGGAAUCCCAAUACUCAGACUUCCGCAGUGAAGUGGUGGCUGGCCUUUCUUUCUUCACGCCAAAGCAGAGGAUACCAGUCGGCACGGCGAUUCUCGUUCCUGAGAAUGGCGUCACCAAGGAAUCCAUCACCCCUGCCUUCAGACCGAUCACAAUCCGGGGUAACACGUUCCAGAAUCGGAUCUGGGUUGCCCCGAUGUGCAUGUAUAGCUGCCAAAAUGGCAUGUUUAGUGACUUUCAUGUGGCCCACUAUGGACAGUGGGCCAUGAGAGGGUGUGCUUUGAUCCAUUUGGAAGCGACUGCAGUGACAGCCAGAGGCCGCAACACGCCCCAGGAUGCCGGUAUUUGGUCUGAUGCCCAUAUAGCACCUCUAAAGAGAGUUGUUGACUUUGUCCACUCGCAAUCUCAAAAGGUCGCAAUCCAGCUCCAGCACGCUGGUCGCAAAGGUAGCGUCACUCCACCAUGGCUGGGUCUCCGCCUCGUUCCUGACGAGUUCGAUGGGUACGCCAACCAAGUUCAGGGCCCUACCGCCGAGCCCUGGAAUGAGAACUAUGCAACCCCUGGAGAGAUGUCGGAAGAUGAGAUUCUUGAGACCAUCGAAGCUUUCGGCCAGGCAGCUCGCAGGGCUGUUGAGGCUGGUGUUGAUGUGAUUGCUGUUCAUGGUGCUCAUGGAUAUUUGUUGCAUUCGUUCGCAUCGCCUGCGACCAAUAAACGAACAGACCGCUGGGGUGGAAGCUUUGAGAACCGCAUCCAAUUCGGUGUGGAGAUUAUUCGUGCUAUACGACGAAAUAUUCCAGAGACAAUGCCCGUCUUUUGGAAGAUCUCCGCUGUAGACUGGCUGCCCAAGGGAGAAGGGUGGGAGUUGGAGGAUACUCUACGAUACAUCCCCAUUCUCGCUGCUGAGGGUGUUGAUCUUUUUGAUGUCUCAAGUGGAGGUACCGACCGGAGGCAGCAGGUUCAGCUUGGCCAGCAAUAUCAGGUCCCAUUCGCAAAGGCUGUCAAGGAUCUUAAGUUGCCGAACGUAUUUGUGGCUGCUGUUGGCUGGAUUCGAGAUGCCGCCACUGUUCAUGAUAUCUUGAGCAAUGGAAAAGCCGAUGUUGUGCACGUCGCACGAGAAUUUCUACGAGACCCCAACUUUGUCCAACGAGUCGCGCUCUCUACAGGCACGGAAGUUACUUGGAUUGACCAAUACCACCGCGCUCCUAUAUUGCCUCUAAUUCAUUGA